AUGGAAAUCACCAUGCAAGACCCAGUGCAGGAUGAGGAUGGCGAUGGCGAUGGCGAUGGCGAUAGACUCAGCAGCCUUCCAGACCGCAUUUUUCACCGCAUUAUUUCGUUCCUCACGUUAAAAGACCUCGCCCGGCUGAGCUUCGCAUCAAGAAGAUGCCAAGAGCUCUGCAACUCCACGCCAACCCUGAGUUUAAGCAACAUAGAUUUAUUGGAACCCGACAACAUAUUAUGCCGACUCAGCAUCUACGCCUUUCUCCACACCCUCAUGCUCGACCGCUGCUCGCACAGGGUGAAGAUGCAGAGCCUUUCCCUCCUUUGGUCUUUCCAACACAGCCUCCCCGACGAAGAAAACCUCGUCUGGUCGUGGCUGCAACACGCAGUAGACUCCGGCGUCGGAGAAUUCAACCUCGACUUCACCGGAAAACCCUUCUCCCUCCCGGUUUGCGUUCUGGGUUGCGGAUCCCUCAUCUCCCUCGUCGUCAACACCAACAAUGGCGUUCUCCAAUUCCCCUCCACAUUAUCACUCUCUUAUGCUUCUUCUUCUAAGCUUCGAUUACUAACUCUAGAAUCUGUUCGAAUGGAAGACGACAUCUUCCAGCAAUGGCUUCCGUCUUUCAAGUUCCUCAAGGCAUUGUCUCUUUCAAAAGUAAGCGGGAUGAAGAGCAUGAGAAUCACCAGCUCGUCCAUUGAAAAGCUGAGAAUAGCAAGCGACGACGAUCUCUGCCAUAUUCAAAUUCAGGAGGUGGAAAAACUCAACGAGCUUUAUAUAUUCUGUAGAGUCAACAACUGUGGAACCAAAUCCUUGGAGAUCUCUGCUCCCAAUCUACAGAGAUUUUUCUGGGAAGGUUUUGCUGUGGAUUACCUCUGUAUGAGGAGUUCGUCGCAUCUGUGGCAGGCCACCAUUGAUCUUUCACUGCCUGCUGAUCAACCGAGGCGCCAACUUCGAUAA